GAGUUUAAAACGUCAAUGAGGAAGCGAGAAGAGCUAGUCUUUUUAAGUGUGUAAUAGCACAUCUAAGCGAGUGUGCAUGAGCGAUAAAGAAUCAUCUCUUAAAAGAAAUUAUUAUCGAUCAGAAAACAAAAUAACAUUAUCACGGUUCGGAAAUGCAGCCGAGGAUUAUAGAUGGUUUUUGGACGAUAGCAGAGCUAGCCAAAUCGCUACGUCGGGAGAAUUUAUUCAUCGCAAAUGAACAAAGAAGCUUUCUCGCUUUACACGAAACAUAUAAAAAAGCUUCCAGCGAAAUCUUACAGAUUACAUGGAUAUGCGCCCAUCAGCGUCAAAUUUUAAAUAAUUUAAUUGUAGCCAAGUCAGAUUGUGGCCCUACAGUAUCAUGUCAGCGGGUGAAUAUGUUAAAACAUACCAAAUUCGUCGAUAUACACCAGUGCAAGGUCAUAAAAUAUGCGCAUAUCAUGGGAUUUGUUGAACUGAUCAAAUUAGUAUACGAGUCUCCUAGAGCAUUGGCACACUGCUUGACAUUAGCCGAUCGUGUUGAGGAUACAAUGUUUGACAUGGAUACAUUAACUGCGUUUAUUGUCAAUGGUCUUUACGGUAGCAUAAUCCAUCCCAAAGAUGCUGAGUUAAUGAUCAAAUUGCUCCAGGCACUGAUAGAAAUGCAGAUCGUCACCAGUGACAAUCCACGAAGAUUACUACGAGCAGGAUCGUCUUCUUUUGCUAGGCUUUAUCAAAAAUACCACGAGUCAUCUUUUUCUGCGAAGCUUUUUCUUAAGACCAUCCUGUUCGAACCGAUCAUGUCGGUGCUGAUGCAUGACGAAAUCAAACUAGAAGUUGAUGCAGAGAAGAUUUUAGCUAUGCAAAAAAUGUCAGAUAGUGUAAAAAUGUUUGGAGCAAAAUCGUCCAUCGAAUUUUCGGAAAAUUUGCAAAAGUACACUUCAGAGAUAGUUGACAAACUGAGUAUUCUAAUAUCCAAGUUUAUUCAAUCUAUGAAGGAAGGCUGGUACAUGUUUCCGUUUCGCACGUUAAUUCAAUCUAUGUAUCACUUUUUAACUGAGGCAAAAAUACCAAACGUUGAUGUUCACAUAAUUUUAACUGACAUGAUUUUCACUAACUUUAUAUGCCCGGCUAUUCUCAGUCCACAUAUGUACGGAAUUAUUGAUGCGCCAAUAUCGGAAAAUACUCGAUUUAAUCUCAUUCAAAUUGGACAAAUUCUACAAUCACUUGCGCUCAUUGAAUUUCAACCAAUAGAUGCAAAACUAGGAGAUUUGAUUGAUAAGUUGGAUAAACAAUGCGUUAAUAAUUUGCUGAAAAAACUCUACCAGCAAGAGUACUCAGGAAACUUUGAAAACAUGAUGCAACAUCAAAACAUGGUUGGAAACAAAAUGGUUCUUGCAACACUCGGAGAGUUGAUUAAUUUCAGGGAUUUGUUAAAAUACGGCACAGAAGGAGAACAUUUAAAACUUCCAUCCGAAGAAAUAAGCAAGCUAAAACCCAUACUCGACCAGCUACCCAAUCUAGCAGAAACAAUCCAGGAACAGCAAAAUAUUUCCCUCGAUAUGUUUUCCACCAGCUCUAACGGAGUCAAACCUAAAGCAAAACUCAAGGGACGCGUCUCGAAAACGAGAAGUUUGAGUAAUUCACCGCUGCAUUCAUCGAGCGAGAACAGCAAAAAGGAAACUACAAUCAAUAGCUUCGAUGAUAAAGGAACAGUAUUUAUAAUGCCGAUAACUGAUGAUGACGAUGGAAAAUUGUUGUCUGAAGAGGAAUUACUCAACAAUAUUCCGGGGAAAAUGUUGAAUGAUGGAUUCGCAGAGCCGUUUGUCGAACAAAUGAGCCUUCAAAGCAACCAAAACAAGACGGAUAACAACGAACGUACUAACAGAGAAAAACAUAAAAAUUUCGCAUUGCAUCAGGACGAUGCAUCAAUAGGGAAUACGUCGGAUAAUUUAGAAGCCGUGAGUGAAGCUCACAGUAAUCAUUCAGUGGCCAGUUCACUAGAGCUCGAGGAGGCCGACCAGAACUACAACGACAAUCUAUCGGAUAUGAUAUCUGCAAACGUGUCCGGCAGAGGAACACCAAAUAUAUCUGGCCGUGAUACACCAUCGUCUCAAGUAACCGAAGGUGGUAAUGAAGUGCAACAGUUUGCUACACCUCAGAUGACCAAAAUUUUAAACAAAACUCGCUCGGAUAUAGAAGAUAAAUUCUGUAAAUUUGAAAUAAAAAAACUCAUCGAAGGAGAUGAAACAAUUUCCAUCAUUUCUGACACGUGGAGUACCGACGUUCUUGCAUCGGAUUCUGAAGCACUUGAGGCAAACGAUCGUAACUUUUCAACUCCUCUCAUCCCAACUACUCCCAUCAUACCUGGAGAUCAAAACUACACACCAUUAACAAACUCUUUUGGACAGCUUCGCUUGAGCACCGUUGAUUUGGAAACUCAAUCGGAAUCAGCAUGGAGCACCGACGCUGUUAUGGAUACUGAAGACAGCCAAAGCGUGACAACUCGUUCGGAUACAACAGAUUCCAUUGCGCGAGAUGAUAUUCCGUCUACAUCGAACAAACUCGAGCCUACAGUUGUGCACACACCAAGAACAUCAAGUGAACGAGGAUCCAGUCUGGAUUUAACGCUAAACGCACGAGACAAUCACACCCACGAAGAAUCGUCGCAGUAUUUGAACUGCAUUCAGUCAUCUGUUCCACAUAAUCGUCAAAAACCAUCUACUUCCAGCAGUAACAAAGAAAACAAAGCUCGCACAGUUAAGAGUUAUGUAAACGAAAUCACCUUACGAUCACACAGUAUUGAUAAAACGAUUAAUUCCAAGUUACUCAUGGUUAGAGAUAAAAACUUCAACAACUCAAAGAGUAAUGAUCCAAAUGAUUAUAACGCUUUAAGUGAUGAUACAAAGUCCAAAAAUCGAGGAGGAGCAACAAACGAUGUUGUUCGCACUAAUGUAAAAUUAAUCAAUCCCUUCUCCGAUGUCGCCGAUUAUAGCUUUUCAUCUUCCAAUGUACACAACAAUCUAAACAACAACACUCACUGUGAUGUUACUCUUCAAAACAAUGCUGAUAUUUUAACUAAUAGUAUGGAUGAUGAAUUGUCAUCCGUUGAGCAUCGAAGACUAUCGUCAGAGCAUCGGAAUGCCAAGUUUGACUCCCGGCGAAACGGAAUGAUGGACUAUUUGGGAAACUUUUCCAGCUCAUUCAAUUAUGAGGAUGAAUUUCUUGGAAAAGAUUUAUCAUUUCGUUCCAACAAUGGUCUGCACGAAAACAACACAAAUUACCGCAAGAGCGCAGAUUCUGAAUUGGAAGCGGCUUCAUCAAGUCACGCCAAAAUGGGCCAGUCAGCGGUAAAUGAGCCGCUGUUACAUUUCGAAAAUGAUUCUUCAUCUCAAAGCGGAGAACAACAAAACAGAAUGGACACUUUGAAUCCAACAAGUUUAAACUCCUCGGUAACCAGAUUCAAUGGAAAAGCCAUGCCCGGAACCAUUACUAAAAGUAUAAGUUUCGAUUCUUCUGCAGAUAAAAACAGUCGGAGCGGUGCAGCUAAUACAAGCUCUGCAUUGGAAAUAAACCGAUCAUCAGACGGCUUUAAGACGACCAACGGUUUUUUUACCAAAAUAAAACUUGGAUUCAAAAAUCGUCGCAGUGUCAAUGUGAACAAUAAGUUGCGGUUUAGUUACAACAAUAAUGGACACUUUAUUUCAAUGACAAACUGUGAUGCUUACCCUUCAAGCUCGUGUACUUCGAUGGCUAAUAACUCGAAUGAGGUUUUAAUACCUACUGAUACUACAGAGGACAUUCUUUCCAAGUAUCGGCGGAAAACAUCCUCCUCCUCAGAAACAGCUACGUCCGAUUCCACAAGCAACAAUUCCAGUUCAUCGAAAAGCAAAAAUGGAGAAAUCGACCUCAGAAAAAAUGAAGAGCAGGUUGUUUCUGGAUAUUCAACAACUUUUUCUGCUGCAAAAAAGAAGCUUCGAGUCGUACUUUCGAGUACUGAGAUUUUUUCUUGCAGCUUUGAACCGUACAGCGAUGAUUCUGUUUCACCUUUACUGAUGUAUCUUAGAGUUCUACAAAGUCAAGCAUUGAGCAAUCACAACCUACAGCAAUUGACGUGUAUUUCCGAACUGUUUCGGUGCAUGGAUUCGUUUGAUUUUGAAUCUCAGGAGCACCUGUUGAAGCAAUUGCAGAAUGAUAUGCUUAUCCGACAAGCAUAUACGCAAUAUCUUAUGAACUGCCGGCAAGCAAUGCUGUCGACAAUAGAUGUACUAGAAUCGUUCAACAGACAGCUUGAAACAGAAAGUCACAUUUCGGUGCAUCACAUUCUAAUGGUCAGCGUGAAGAUGUUCCUGGAAAAAAAAGAACAGAUUGUGAGCCAAUUCUGCGAAGAAUUCAUAAAACUCACGAUUGUCGAUGAAAAAAUAGAUCUUUUGCAUGAAUUCAUGAACACUAUGAUGCUAAACCUAGAAUGUGAUGCAGUUCUGAGUUGCCUUACAGAUUGGCAAACAAUUGAAGCAAGAAGGUGUAUGGAGUGCAUUUUACUACAUAGACUCUAUUAUUCGGUUAUGUUUCCCAAUGAAGAUGGCGACCUUUCCCGAGACAGAGUUUUAUCGGAGCACAUUAACAGACUGACAAAUAUAACGCCGUCACAUGUUCAGCUUCGCAUAUCUGCUGUUUAUUUGAAUGAAGCUCCUUGGCCAUUUGCUCAGCGACAACUUUCGUACAUUUCGGCCUACAAAACGCCACAAGAAAAAGUGGCAUGCGUUAUCAAGUGUAUAAAAAGCUUGAUAAGUCUUUUGUCCAUGGGAUCCGAUAAACCCGUUGCUGCUGACGACAUAAUACCUGUAUUGAUUUAUGUUAUUAUACAAACAAAUCCGCCGAAUUUGUUAUCUACAAUCGAGUAUGUUAAUUGUUUUGUCGACGAAAUGUUACAAGGAGAAAACCAAUACUGGUGGACGCAGUUUUGCUCAGCAGUUACAUUUAUCAAAACGUUGGAUUACUGUGAAUAAAUGUUGAACCAGUUUCAACAGUUUUUUUGUAUUUAAUUUUAUGAACAAAGAUGUUAUUGAUUAUUUUAUAAUUCAAGGAAAUAUAUAUAUUAUUAAUUCAUUGAAAAUUCAA